AUGGCGAAAACAUUCUCUCCCGUUACGCCAGUCAGCUGUAAUUACACAGUGGACACCAAGUCAUCAACCUUGAAGUCUGCUAACAUUAGGGUCAAUGAGGUACCUGCUAGCUUCAGAAUCCUGAAGCAAAAGACAAAUGGUGCUGGCGCUACUGUUCUGCCUCCGCUCACCGACGGCGUCCGCGUCGUUACGGCUGCGGAGUACAAGCAGGCGGCUGAGUGUCUGGCGCAAGCCUUUGGCCAGGACGAUGUUGCCAGGUACUUCAUUGACGUGCCUGAUCGUGAGCACUGGACCGAAGAGCAGAAAUGGGCAUUGCAUGUCGAAAUACUUGAGUACAUAACGUAUGCUCACAUUCUCAAGGGACUAGUGACUACGGUAGGCGACUUCGAAGCAGUCGCACUGUGGAUGCCGCCCGGCCAGAACAUGGACGACUACCUGACGAUUUUCCGCUCUGGCAUGUGGCGUCUCAACUACCGCCUUUCCUCUGAAGGCAAACGCCGUUUCUUCGACGAAUUCCUGCCCCUCCUCCACGACACUAUGCAUAGCGCGCUUGGUGAGCGAGAGCAUGACGCCUGGUACCUUGUUUACCUAGGUACCAAGCCCAGUGGCCGUGGUAAAGGUCAUGCUCGCAAGCUUAUUGAACAUGUAACGAAGCUUGCAGACCGCGAGGGAAGACCGUGCUACCUGGAGUCGAGCAAUGAGACGAACCCUCCGAUCUACAGAAAGUUUGGCUUCGAGGAGACGAGAAGGAUCAAUCUGCAGAGGGGUGGUAGGAACAUCCCGUUGGACAUUAUGGUUCGAGAGCCUGUUGGAAUGGAGAAGAAGGGUGGUGCGUAG